GUUGAACAGAGUGGAAGCAAUACCUACGUCCCAGAAUAAAGUUGACACUCGUUCCAAAACGUGCAAAUCAAGCAGAAGUUAAAGUUAAAUACAACUUUAAAAACUACAAUAAAUGCAUACGAAGUUAAUCUACUGCAGACGAUGCUUUGAAAAACUGGUCCCCGAAAUCAAACUCCCACAAAAAAUAUUUCAGUGAAUUAAAAGGAACACGUGUAGAAUAUACUGGUUCAAACCAGGAUUAUUUGAGUUCAGAGGGCAGUGACGAUCUCGUGACGUCAUGAGCAGCUCGCGGUUCUCCACAGCUCGCGACAAGAACGGCAAAAUACCCGUCCCCGACAGCGCCUCGAAGCCCUUCCCCCGCAUACACUCCCGAAUACCGGGACCACAAAAAUCCGCAAACAGUAACGCUAGUCGGGACAAGAAGGAGGCUGUUCGUGGCAAAGGCGCCAGUCGGCGCUCCUCGCCGAACGAUAACGAAAGAUACGACAGUGCUCAAAGCAACAACAGCCACAACAGCAACAACAGCCGCAACACCUACAGCCGUAACAGCGAAAAUAGCGCCAAAAGUGACAGCACUCGCUCAAACUCGAGCGACGACGAUAACGAUCGUCCUCGAGCACGGUCCCCCGUUGUGUGCCAGUGCAGCUGUCAUGACAGAGACGGCAGGAAACGAAGCACUUCACGAGACCGCCGAAGAUCUACGGAGUCCCUCAACAAGCGCAAUGGCAACAGCAGGCGUGGCUCGGCUGGUAGCGGCGAUGAUGACGACGAGAGACGAAUGCCGCCAAUAGAAAUUAACGACAAACGAGCCACACAGAGCAACAAAGGCAGUUUCUUUCGAGGGGAUCGGUCAUCCAAAUACCAAGUCCGAAGCGAUUCUAAAACAAGCCAACUGAGCAUCACCGGAGUUGGAGACGGCAAGAAGAAAGAACGACAACCUUUCACGUACUACGGUCGCUCGCAUUCGAUGGGAGACCUCAGAAAUAACGGCGACCGCACGGGUUUCGGAGCGUCAAAGAAGAACGACUACGACUACGCCCGGGAGGACUUCUUGACGCCGCGCUUCACGUCGGAGUACAAGGCUCGUUACGAGAUGAAGCACGGCCAGCGCUACACCAUCGGCAGUGACCGCACCGUGCGCUACAUUGAUCCUGCGGGGGAACACAUCCUGGUGCCCAAGCAGUCUCCUAUCAACUCCCAACUGCAACGAACUGUAAGUGAUUCUGACAUACCUUCGUUGGGGCAUUCCCGUAACAACAAGAACGUCCGUCUAGAGCCCUUGGACAAGAAGAUAAACGUUAAUGGUAACAAAGGAGCAGCGGUAACCAAUGAAAAUGUAACCUGGAUGCCGGCCAAGAGACACUCGACGCACAGCCUGCCGCCUAUGGAGAAGACUCCUGCUAUGCCCGACGUCUCGAAGUCACCCAGGCCUAAACAGGAUAUUCCUCACCCGCUCGGGCUGUCAACGCCCCCCAAACGCAACUCCCAAUUAUAUCCCAUUUAAAGUCUCUUCUAUGCAAGUAGAAAUAGAAAAGGACAGAAAUUCAUAGCCAAGCGUGCAUUGAAACUGACCACGCUAUAGUGACUAGGUGUGUGUGAGUGAUAUUCAAACCUGGUUUUUACGGUUAGUUGACUAGAGAUGACAAUUUUCAAUGUGAAAAUUUGAAAAUGUGCUUAUUUAAAGUGACAUAUUUGGUUGAGAAACAAGUUAAAUAGACAAAGACGGCUUGAGAGUAGAGAUGAUGCUGUUUAUCAUCAGCCACAGCCAUUUCAAUUGAGUAAGGUUAAUAUAUACAGGCACAAAUUUUCAUUUGAAUUAAAGAAUUAGUUGUAAGAUGAACACAAAAUAAAAUGAUUUCGGAUGUAAAAUGCGUGUAAACGCAUUUAUGCUGUGGCUUCUGCUCAUCAUCAAGGCAUAGAUAGCAAAUAUAAAUAAGAUUAAUCUGAUAGUUGAAUGCUUGUUCUUCAAAUAUACACAAAAAAGUGAAUGGUUAUCCUGCUGACAAAAAUAGUAUAUGCUUAACCAUGGAAAUUUCAUCCAGAGAAUUCAAUCUGUGCACUAAUACCUUGAAUCAAAAUACUGCACACUCUUAUAUGAAUGCAUAUAGCUGUUGUAGUGUUGUCUUAUUGUUAUUAAAAGGCGAAUGUAAGGAAGAUGCACUCUGUCAUGAGCUUCGUGAAUAGCAAACGUUUAUAAAGCUUUGCCUGAAUAAAAUUAUUGAAUCAGG